GGGGGAAGGAGGAGGCACGGGGAGUGUUAAGACGGCACUCACAAUUUAGCAGGAAGAGUGAUCUUCCCCGCGUUUGGGCGCUUAAUGGGUGAGCUCGCGAUUUGGCAGGGUGGAGGGAGGCCAGAGACAUAGAGAAAAGAAAGAAGAGAAAAAAGAAUAUUAGUACUGGGGGGAGGGAAAGGAGGGCUCAUAUGUGAAUUCGGGUUUGGUAAAGAACGGAGUGUAAGGACUGCAAGAGCUGGUGACGUCCAAAAAUAAUAAAACGUAGUAGUAUAUGAGCUUUAUAGACCCAACGGUAACGACACAAAAGGGCCGUGAACAAGCAGUUGUGGUCCUUGGAAUCCAGUAAACCGUGGAUGAAGUCUUCCCCAUGGUUUCACCACAAGCAACAGAGAACAAGUGCAUCAGCACCACAGUCCUCCUGAUACUUUAAGUUUUAACAGGUUUCACUAGCAUGGAUGGCAGUUGGGAUGACAAUCAUGGCGUACAGUCAAAUUUUUGAUUGGAUGACCAGACGUGGUGUAAAUGACGGAACACACCAGUCGCCUUACUGAUCGACAUUUCAUGUCCCUUUCCACAUCACUGUCAUUUGAUAUGACACUGCUGUAUCAAUUAUCAGGAUGCUGAAAAUGAGCCAUACCUGCAAAGAUUAAAUCUGAAUUGAACCUUUCUUCUUUGGAAGAUCAUUCUCAUACCCUCUGAAUGUUGAAUUAGAAGAGUGCCUCUUUUCCCUGUCCUCUUUAUACACAUUUCACCAAAAUACUGGAUAUUAGUAUUUUCACCCUAGUCUGGCAGCAUUGCUGCUCACCUACACACAGAUGAAUGAAGACCCCAUUUGGAAAGGCAGCAGCCCAGAGAUCCAGAGCUGAUUCAGAGCGGUGCAUGGAACUUUUUUUUCCUUCCCGCCCCACUUCAGCUUGUGCUGUAAAGGUUUCAUCCCAUCCUCAGCAAGAACAAUUUUGUGCAAGACCCACAGAUUUUCAGCUGGGAUAAGUACAUCUAAUUGCCAGUCAAGCACUGGGGCAUGCCGGAGUUUCUGUAAGUAUGAUGAAGAAAAAGAGUUCCCACAAAAAGCAUCGAAGCAACGUGGGACCAAGUAAACCUGUUUCUCAACCAAGGCGGAAUAUUGUUGGCUGCAGGAUACAGCAUGGGUGGAAAGAAGGAAGUGGACCUGUUACACAAUGGAAAGGAACUGUUCUGGACCAGGUUCCAGUAAACCCCUCUCUUUACCUAAUAAAAUAUGACGGAUUUGACUGCGUUUAUGGACUUGAACUUCAUAAGGAUGAGAGGGUUCAGGGUCUUGAAGUAUUGCCGGAUAGAAUUGCUUCCUCACGAAUCAGUGAUGCUCACUUGGCGGAUACAAUGAUUGGCAAAGCAGUGGAACACAUGUUUGAAACAGAAGAUGGUUCAAAAGACGAAUGGCGAGGCAUGGUGCUGGCUCGUGCACCAAUAAUGAACACAUGGUUUUAUAUCACUUAUGAAAAGGAUCCUGUUUUGUACAUGUAUCAACUUCUAGAUGAUUACAAAGAAGGUGAUCUGCGGAUAAUGCCCGAUUCCAAUGAUUCCCCUCCUGCUGAAAGAGAACCUGGAGAAGUUGUUGACAGUCUUGUGGGGAAGCAAGUGGAAUAUGCCAAAGAAGAUGGCUCUAAAAGGACUGGCAUGGUCAUCCACCAGGUUGAAGCUAAACCAUCAGUUUAUUUCAUCAAGUUUGAUGAUGAUUUCCACAUUUAUGUUUAUGAUUUAGUAAAGACAUCUUAGGUGUGAUUUUUUUUUUUCUGUUUCUUUUUUUUGGAAGAAAAAAAAAUAUAUAAACUUUGCCAAAUGUUUCAAACUUUUCUCUGUAUGAUUUGAAAGCAAAAUGGAUAAAGUGCUCCAAUGGUUCAUGGAGUACCUACAGUUUCCUGUGAGUGCACAAUCUCCGCCAGAAGAAUAAAGUGGUUUCCAUUUUAUUUUUCCUUGUUUUUUUCUUGUUCAAAUUGUUAACAAAAGAGUGAAUCUGUGAAACCGGAUCAAAUUACCAUUUCUGGUGAAGGAGCAAGUACCAGGAAGAUUAAAACUCUCAAGAUAUGUUAACUGUUUAAGUCACUAAUUAAUUAGAUGACAGAAGAUGAAAAAACAGCCUCUGUUAUUAAAAAUCUUGAUCAAACAAGAUUAUAACUACUCUCUGACAAAAAAUCAUUAGCAUUAUUAUAAUGCUUGUGUUGUUUUCACAUUUGUUUUCAUGUUGUUUAAUUGAUAUUUGGUAUUAAGUCUUUUUUUUUUUUUUCCUCGUUUCUUUAACAAAAUGUCAAAACUGAAUUUCGAUGUUUAUAAAACAGUAAAAGUCCUUUGAGGAUCUUAUUAAUAUUGAAAGUUGUAAGAUGUCAGUAGAUGGCUAUUAAGCACUAAUUUCAUGCUCAGCUGUUGAGAUUUUUUUUUACAUAGCCAUGAAAGCACUUGGUAUAGGUGCAGGUUUAAAUUUAGGUGGUCUAUUGAGCGUCUACACACACACACACACACACAAAUGCACCUUGAAAGUAUAGCUGCUGUCUCAAAGUUAUAGUCCAGUAGCAUUUGUUUUGUUGCCCUUAUUGCAGUUAUAUAUUGCAAAUGUUGUAUUGUGCAUUUUAGCAUAUGUAAUGAUACUGCUCCUUAAAGCUAAUAAGUACUUAAAAAGCCCAGUAAGGUUUCUGUACUUGCACAGUUAAAAAUUUAUCCCUGUCUUGCUUUAUAAAAAGACUCAUUAAAGAAUACACAUUAUCUACAGUAUUGAUCCAGAAUCUGUGUUUGUGAGUUGGUUCAGCUGAAUAACCCUGUUUACAUACUGCCUUUCAGUACUGCGUUUGCAGAGGAGAAUAGUUACAUUUUCCAGUGUGUGUGUGAAAUAUAUAUAAUAUACAUAAUUACACUCACACCUACAUGCAUACUGUACAUAACAGACAUAUACAUAGUUAGUAUUUCUAAAUAUGCAGUUAGCAGUGGAAAUCUUGUCACUGUUGUGCUGUUUGACAGCCUUGCCUUGAAA